AUGGAGCAGACGCGAGCUAAUACGGAAGCCGUCGACCAAAGUCGAAGGACAGAAGACAUGGCCUCUGUUCUCCGUGUCGUGCGGGGGUUGACCCACAAGCACAGCUUCGAGCGCAACCAUCUGCCCCCAGCCAAGAGAGAUCGAAGUCUGACCAUCAAGGACAUGGACGGAAAGAUCGGAAUCUGGAAGGAACUGCACUCGAUCCUUCUCCCUUCAAUCCACGACCAGCUCGAAUUGCUUCGCAACUCGCUCGACCUGCUCCAUCCCAUGAAAAAACCAAAACCAGACAUCAAGCCAAUUCUGGAGAUCCUGUCGAAUCUCGAUAAGACUUUGGAGAGCACUGUGUCGGCUAUCGUCUGUCUCACCCUCGAAUCACCUCUGCCAGACGAAAAACACGACCAUGGCCUGCAGGCCGCUAAGUUCUUUCGAUGCGCGUAUCUGCACAAGAAAAUCCAGUCUCUUGUGGAGCGCUUGAUUUAUGAAUUGUUAUUCCGGCAUCAACUUGCGAGCUUUGUCGGAUGGUGCAUUAGGCCAACUGUUACUAUCCACAAUGAUUCGCUUCGGACGCCGGGACCCGGUUUGAGGCACCAAAUCGGGACCAUCAUACUUUAUUGUAACAACGAAAUCACUAAAACGAUCCACUGGUGCCGCACAUCCGACUGGGCUGUCAUCCAGGAUGCGUGGUCAGAAGUAUGCACACCACUUGAUCUUGUCGUGGAGAAGUUCACUGGCCAAGCCAACCGCCGAAUCCCACCAGCUUAUCGGACUAACACGAAUAUCGAGACAAACGCCACGACAGAAUUCAUAGUCAAAGUAGCCAGGUCAGCCCUCCCACUCGUCAAGUUAGCGAGGAUCUUGGGCAAGAAAACUUCCGGAAUGAUCUCGACGAAACGGAUAUCGACGUCGGACGCAACACUGGAGCUCAACUCAGAGACGAUCAAGCAGUUAUACGAAGCCCCUCAAGCGCUCGCCAGGCUUUACCACCUGUACAACCUCCUCAGCCUUCUGGAUCUCUCGGUUCGAGUCAUCCCUGUCAAUCAGCAAAUCGGUAUUCGUUCUUUGAUCCAAAACCUUCCCCGGGGCAUGGCAUCCACCUUAUCUGUUCUCGAUUCGGUUCUGAUCCCUGUGCUGGCCCAAGUCAAAGACAAUUCGCCCACAACCCAAUUCAACUCUUUCCUUCCGGACUUGAAACAAUCCUGGGAUAAGGCAAGUGAGCAUUUGAUCGAUGUGAUGAUCACGUCCUUUGAAUUCGAACACAUGAACGUUUGA